CAUCACCAUUUCUAUUGAAAGUGAAGAGAUCGCACACCGAGGCGAGCAAGAUAGAGGGAGAAGACAGGGAAUGAGGCAUGCUGUCAGGCACCACUCAACGCAUUCGGCUUUCGCUCCAAUCUUGCCAUUUGGGCUCAAAGGGUGCAUGUCAAGUCUACCUAUUAUCUUGCAGCGUGGGCUUUGCGUGUGCUGCAAUGCUUGGAAGUGCUGCUCUCGAGCAUAUUCAACACAUUCACCAGCUGAUGAACUCAUUCGCAGCAAGUCCUGUGGGCGAAGCCGGCGUUCUGUGUAUUUGCAAGCUAAGUCUGGGCAGAGAUCGACGCGUCUUCAAGAUGGAAUCUUGGCUAAGCUCAUUCCCCUCGGCGACGCUGGCAGUAUCGACGCUCCACCUGCUAGCGGAUGUACGAUCAAGUCGUUUGGGGAGCUCUUCAUUGGACGUGAUUGCGCGUGGUCUCAGGGCUUGCGCCGUUCUCACCGACUUGCUGAUGUGUGCAAGGGAUGGGCGUCGAGGUAAGACUGUGCUUGCGGCCCACGAGAGAUGUAUGCCAGCCCUUCGCUUGGCUUUCGACAUAGUGUGCAGAUGCGCCGGAGGAAGCAAAGCUGCUAUCGCUCGGGUUUCGGCUAUGCGUGUUCCGAACAAUGCUUACACAACCAGUGGCAGGCACGGCGGACAUUGCUGGGUAAAGCUCUUCAGCAGCAUAUGGACCGUGGGAUGGACGCCUAUCAAAGUGCAUAGCGGCUCUUACCGGAUCGAUCGGAGCACCAUUGGCUUGCUGUUCCUCGUACGUGGGUUCCGCCAGAAGGCGAUGCCAUGGCAGAAGGGCAAAAGUGGCGACAGCAAUGAUGUCGGGCAGUACUGAGCAAGAAGAGGUGGAGGCGUCUGCCAGCCUAGGUGUGCGAAGUGCUUGGUCAGCCUUCACCAAAAUGAACCUUCGAUGCGACCCACUUACUCUCGACA